AUGCCACCAAAAAGGAAAGUGGCUGGAAAGGCAGCAGCUGCUAGCAAGACCAAAAAAGCUAAGAAAGAAGAGGUAGAAGAUGAGCCAUCAACAAGCUCUUUGAAAGAUCAAAUUACCAAACUGAAGGAGGCUGACAAAGGAAAAGCAAAGAAGUACAAACCGGACACAUUUUGUCAUGUGGCAAGUGUUUCACAGGUUUACGAAGACUAUGAUGCUAUGCUCAACCAGACAAACAUUGGCCAGAACAACAACAAAUUUUACAUAAUUCAAGUUUUAGAAUCUGGAGGGAAAUAUUACACAUGGAACCGAUGGGGAAGAGUGGGCGAGCCUGGACAGAAUGCACUAAAAGGACCAUUUGAUGAUCCUGAAAAAGCAGUAAAAGAUUUUGUUAAGAAAUUUAAAGACAAGACUAAGAAUGACUGGAGCGACCGAGAGAAUUUCACCCCAGUGAAAGGAAAAUACACACUGCUUGAGAUGGCAGGAGAAGAUGAUGCAGGGCAGGAUACUGUUGAUACAGCCAUUCAGAUCAAUCACAAUAAGAAAGAGGCUCCUUGCACACUGGACAAAACCACUCAGGACUUAAUGAAACUUAUCUUUGAUAAUGACAUGUUUAAAGCAACUCUUCAACAAUUUGACAUUGAUGUUAAAAAGAUGCCUCUAGGAAAACUCGGCAAGGCACAGAUUGCAAAAGGUUUUGAAGCUUUGGAAGAGUUGGAAGAAGCAGUCAAAAACAACAAGAAGUCUGCAAUCAAUGAGCUUUCCUCUAAAUUCUACACGGUGAUACCUCACAGUUUUGGAAGAAGCGUGCCUCCGCCCAUUGACACCCUGGAGGAACUUCAAAGAAAAUAUGAUAUGUUGGCAGUACUUGGAGAUAUUGCGCUGGCACAGGAUAUCCAGAAAGACAGAGACAAAGCUACAGCAGACAGUAAAAAGGAUACAGUACCUAAUUCCCUGGAUAUCAAUUAUGGGCUUCUAAACUGCAAAAUGAAGCUGCUUGACAACACAUCCAAAGAAUACAAAGUUCUGGAAAAAUACUUCCUGGCCACAGAAGGACAUUCUUACAGAAAGCAGACACUUAGGAAUAUUUGGGAAAUUGACCGCUCAGAGGAGGUUAGCAGAUUUUCUGUCAACAAAUCAAUAGACCAUAGGAAAUUAUUGUGGCAUGGCACAAGUGUAGCCGUGGUUGCUGCCAUUCUCAAAAGUGGCCUACGUAUCAUGCCUCACUCUGGCGGUCGAGUAGGUCGCGGCAUCUAUUUCGCCUCAGAGAAUAAUAAAUCAGCUGGUUAUGUUGGCCCAGCCCAGGGUAAGGGCAUCAUGUUCCUGAAUGAAGUAGCAUUAGGAAAGCAAUAUAAAAUCAUACGAGAUGAUCCAUCCCUGGUAGUGGCUCCUAAAGGAUAUGACAGUGUUCUGGCAUGUGGACGAGUAGAGCCUGAUGAGAAGAGUGACACUACAUUGACAUUUGAUGGUAAGAAAGUGAUUGUUCCUCAGGGAAAACCAAAGAAAGUGGCAGAAUAUGCAAAAAGCAGUUUCACACAGUCAGAAUAUCUAGUUUACAGAGAAGACCAGGUCCGCAUGCGGUAUCUACUGAUGUUUGAUAUGUGA